UAGGUUGUUUAACAUUGGAAAUUAAAAAUGACUUUGGUCUCGAUUUGGUUCCCUGGGAUGUGGCCUGAUAAAGUCUGUCUACACCAUGUAUGUUACAUUAUCAUGAUAGUAUUAUGUGUGGUUUCACUUCAUGCACGCCCAACAUCAAAGGGUCUCAACAUCGACAAAAAUGUGCUCCAAAGAUUCAAGCAGACAUUAACAAAUCACAGAUUGCAAACAUUCAACGAUUUUCACCAAGUUCUGGACGAUUUGGAUAAUAUAUACUCACAUCAAGAUAAAUACAGUAUUUUAGGAAGACAGACUCGGGAUAAGAGAGACGCGGUCGGUUUUGCAGGAAGCGAUAUUUUGGACACGUUGCUGUCCACAUUGUUGCGUCCUGGGGGCUCGGGUCGAGGGUCACAUUUCCGGCCGCCAUUCCCACGUGGACGAUUGAGUGUAAAUGCGACAUUUACGAUGCUUCGAAAUCAAAUGCAGUCCAGUGGUUGAUGGCUACUUAUUCUUAAAUCGGGGAACUUUGAUCUGAUAUUUAUUAUUGAGUGAUAUUUUGUUUUUGUUGUUGUCUGUUACCUAUUAUGUUAAAAUUUCAUUUCAAUUCAAGAAGUAUGUUACCUCGCAUUAUUUAUUGACUUUCAUUUUUGGUGUUUCCCUUUCCUAUCAUAUCAACAUUCAUCAACUGUCGGGUCGUGACUACUAUUUACUAAAUUAACACCAUCAUGUUCAUGUUCCUGCCCUUCGCAGUCUCUCAAUAACUAGUGUUUCGUUUAAAAAACCAAAUGAAUACAUACACGACAUCCAUACACUGACAACACACGUAUCUCCUAAGGUAUAAUUUACAGUCUUGAAAAAAUUGGCAAAAUGAAGACAUAGUGCUUUAAGAUAUUACAUAAAAACAAAUGAAGUUAGUGUAUUAUCAAAAGCAUGAAUGAUAUAAGAAGAUGACAUCGUGAAAUCAUGUAGGGACAAAAUACUGUCCCGGAUGAAGGCAUUUCGUGGGUGAAGAACACACACUGCAAUUAGUAACACAGUCUAAAGCCUAUGUUAAUGAGCAUACAGGUCUUGUUGAUGUUCCUUACCUUGCAAAUAAAUGUACUAAAUGAAAGAGCUUUUAUCAUUUACUUUAAUUUAAUUCAAACAGAUCCCAUGCGGAAUAGAAUUACAUGUAACAUCAUGGUUUGUCAACGUUAACAUAUUUGAUCUUUAUAAAUGUUCAUUUAUAUUUUCCUUUUAAUAUUGUAUAUAUGUCCAAUAUGUUGUUUAUAAAACGGUCUUGUAUGCAAUAUA